ACUUUCAAAGCAGCUGUCAAGCGACUGUCAUAACAAUACUUACAUAACCUACAAUUUCAUCACAUAAACGAAAGUUGCUCACAAAAUUUUUCGUGUUUUUAUCUAAUAUGUUUAUUGGCAGAGUGAUGUUUGAAUAUAAAUAAAUUUAAAAAAAAUUGUCUGGCACAGUUCCUGUUUCAAUCUAACGAAACGUAGUAGAAUUUCACAAAGUCGUUUCAUACCAGCCAGUUAAAUUAUUAUUGUGACCAUGUCGCGGAUCCAAGAUUCGAUUGCACUGUUGAGAGGACUACAAAUCAUAGCCAAAGCGUCGGCCGAAACACAACAAAAGUAUUUGCAACACAUUUGGUCUAAUUCAAGCGUCCGUGAACUGGUACAAACGGCAUUGAAUAAUGCUCAACAAUGCGGAACAAAAUUCAGUCAAAAUCCCAGUAAAGAAGUGGAAGCAAUUGCAAAUUCGUUGCGGGAAACAAUUCAGCGUUCAUCGAUGGUGGUGGAAGGAGUCAAACAGUACACCGCCACCUCAAUGAAAGUAGCUGACAAUGAAAAGAAUCCACCACCAGUGGAAGGUGAUAGCUCAGGCUUGGACAUUUCGUCGAUAACGUUGAAGGAACUGCAAUCGAUUUUGUCUCAACAUGAUGGACGGAAUGUUAGCGAAGCGCAGAAAAAUAGUCCCGAAGUGACAAAUGAGUCGUCAGAUCAGAAUGUCCACAAAGAACGUGCUUCAACGAAAGCUUUCGUGAAAGACGAAAAGUAUGUGGAAGAAUGGAUGUCGUUCAUAAAGCAGCACGAUUUGCAGCAGUCAAAGAAGGAGGAGAUCCAAGAGCCGAAAAAAGUAGAAACAGACCCGACUGCCACCAAUGAAAUAAUUAAAUUGCCGGAACUCAGUUCCGUAGCGAAACAACGUAAAGUUCCAUCGUCUCGCAUCGGUCGAAUGGCCUCAUUUGGCACACUGUUCGCUGGCUUAGGUGUCGGCACAAUCAAUGAACUGACAAAGGGAGCUCUUGGUCUCGGCGGUUCGAAAACGAUGAAAGAAGCUCUGUUCAGCAAUGAAAAUGCUGAACGCAUUGUCGACACGUUGUGUAAGGUUCGUGGUGCGGCACUGAAAAUCGGACAGAUCUUAAGUAUUCAAGAUUCGAAUGUCGUUUCGCCUCAAAUUGUCAAAGCAUUCGACCGUGUGCGUCAAGCCGCUGACUAUAUGCCUGAUUGGCAAGUUGAAAAGGUGAUGGUGGCAGAACUGGGGCAAGACUGGAGAGAAAAACUCCAGCCGUUCGAAGAGAAACCGUUCGCUGCGGCUAGUAUCGGUCAAGUUCACCGAGGCGUUUUGUUUGACGGAAUGGAAGUGGCCAUUAAAAUCCAGUAUCCCGGCGUAGCCAAAAGUAUUGAAAGUGACAUUGAUAAUUUGGUCGGUAUGCUGAAGGUGUGGGACAUUUUUCCUGCUGGAAUUUUCAUUGACAAUGUCGUAAAGGUUGCCAAACGAGAACUCGCUUGGGAAGUCGAUUACGUACGGGAGGCAGAGUACACGGAAAAAUUUGGUGAGAUGAUUGCACAGCACAAAGAGUAUCGCGUUCCGAAAGUCAUCAAAGACCUGUCGACAAAGAGCGUCAUUACAACCGAAUUAGUUCCGGGCGUUCCAUUAGACAAGUGCUUCAACUUAAGCUACGAUCAUCGACAGUUUAUCGGCCAAAAUGUUCUGAAGCUCUGCCUUCGUGAAUUGUUCGAAAUGCGGUGCAUGCAAACCGACCCGAAUUGGUCCAAUUUCCUCUACGACGCUGACAACAUGCAGCUGAUGUUAAUCGAUUUCGGUUCGACACGAUUUUACACCGGUGAUUUCAUCGACAACUACCGUGACAUCAUCAUAGCUGCUGUUAACGAUAACAAAGCCGAAGUGUUAAGACUCUCGAAAGUGAUGGGUUUCUUAACCGGCUACGAAACGAAACAAAUGGAGGACGCACACGUUGACGCUGUGAUGAUACUGGGUGAAAUGUUCCGCACCAAAGGUGAAUUCAAUUUUGGCAAACAGGAAACGACCAAGAAAAUUGCAUCGCUGGUUCCGACAAUGAUCGCUCACCGUCUGUGUCCGCCGCCAGAAGAGAUUUACUCGAUUCAUCGCAAACUGUCCGGAGUGUUUUUGUUGUGCUCGCGUCUGAAUGUUAAGUUUGAUUGCAAUCCAAUUUACAAUGAGAUCAUACGCAGGAAAUGAAUCAGUGGUCGUCGCUGGCUUUCGAUCAAAAAACAUGAAUUUGGUAGAAAUGUUUGAAAUUAUGUCUAAGAGCCUAAGGUACAUUGCAAAUGUAUUUUUGUUACGAAUUUGAAA